AUGGGUUGCUGUUCAUCCUUAAAUAUCGUCCAGCCUCCUCAACAAUUGCUUCAGUUACCCACCCAAGAACUGACUAUCAGGAAGAAUGAGCGAGAAUCCCUUUUCGCUAAAAAACCAUUGCAGAAAAUAGUGGAAAGCUUCAAAAGAGAAGGCCUCCAAAAACAAUUAAGCAUACCCCAGCUCAAAAGAGCGCUGCAUGAGCUCGGGUUAAAUCGUUCUGCAAUGGAAGAGCCAGAUAAUCCUUUAUUUAAGUACUUUACUUCCUUUGAGGAUGGAAAAUUAUUGGAUUUAACAAAAAUCAUUACAUCAGCAGUUCUUUUAUCUACGAGUGAAAUUGACAAGAAAUUAAAAGUCUUGUUUGAGGAAUACAAAGAUAAUAAUGAUCGUCUCCUGAAGCCAGGCAAUUUGAGAAAAAUGGUUUUGGAUUUAUUUGUGGUGAGUCUACAUCAUACACCAUUGCUGGCUAUUGGAGAAGGCCCAGAUAAACUUAGCUCAGAGGAGAUUUCUCAAUAUGGGGAAUCUUUGAGCCAAGAAGAAGACAAAUAUAUCGAAGAAACUUAUAAAGUUUUAUUGGGAAAUAGUGAAGAUUUAGGAAUCAAGGAACUAGAAACUGCUUUCAGUGAGCAUGGAGAAGUUUCGAGGAUUUUAAGUUCCAGCGGAUUGAGGGAGUUCAUCUUGCAUAAGUAUAAAGCGACCAUUAAUUUAUAA